ACAAGAAAAGAGCGCGCGCCUGUCACGAGCGCUCUCGCCCCAGAUUAAAUCCCACGGUUGUCCAGGAUCGUUAAACCUUUCAGGAUUAGGGAGGGAGCAGACAUGGCCGACUCUCUAAGGAGACUGGUAAACACAGCUUCCUUUAGCGUUCUACAGGACAAACUUGAAUCUUGGUACAAGGACUACCAUGCCAUCUCCUGUGACCAGAAUCUGAACAGGUGCUGUGAGUUGGUGGAACUCACCUCAAGGAUACAAGGACAACUCUUCACCAUCCUCAACCUCACUGCUAGAGAGGGUGGUCACUAUGCAGGAGUGGACGUCCUCAAAUCACGUCUACUGCCAUGGUUGGGGGCCUCUUUCUCCAUGGCAACCUCAUCUGUCACCAACGACACCAGCCUCAACCUCAUCCAGGAGACCGUAGAGAAAGAGAGAAGGAUCCGGGAGCUGUCUGCCUCCCAUGAGAAUGACAUGCAGAAGAUGGAAACUCAACUUUGCUCUGCUCGUCUGCACCUGGACACUGUUAAACAGGAACUAGAAGAUGCUCAUCAGCAACUGGACGACACAAAAAACAUCUCCGCCACAACCCUGCUGGCCACCGAGGAUGAGAUAUUACAGCUGAAAGCAGAGUUGCGAGAGGCCCAUGACCAGAUAGAGAUCUACAAAAGAAAGUUGGUUGUUCUGGGGGACUAUGAAAAACAGGUGCAACUGCUAAAGGAUGAGGUGUCUUUCCUAACAGCAGAGAAAAGCAUGUUGCAGGAAAGGUUGGUGAGGAGUCGUUCUCCAAGCCCGCUGGCGAGACGUAGCCUUGCCUCCAGCCCUCUGAGAAGUGAGUCUCCCACCCGGGCCCAGCUAACCAACUCAUCCCGCCAUGCCCGGCUGGUGUCCCGCUUCAGUGACCUGUAUGCUGUGGAGCGCCUGGAGGCCCAGAGUCUGCUCCGACGCUACAUAGAUGAUCUAGAGAUGGUCCAGAGAAUCAUCUUCAUUGCAACUGUGGAGGCCUUCCAAGCAGCAAAGUUGGCCUACCGUAAGUUCAGGUUGCGUGUGAGGAAGACAUUAUCCCCUUCCCACCUGGUGCAAGAGACCCUGGAGGACUCGGUGGUGGACUACAUCGUCAGAAACCUGGACCUCUAUGACGUACAGGCCAGCGUUAAUGAUGUGAUCAAUGUCAUGAAUGUGAACCCGAGGAUCUCCUUCCCUCCUGAGGUGGACUUGGUCCUGAUCAGCAGCUUCAUCAGGGAGACAUGCCGAGUGGCCUUCGCCAUGCAGACACUUGACCCUCCACUGGAUCUGGCCUUCACCAGCGAUGGAGAACUCUACAGUGACAGCAAGUACCGUCGCAGCUACGACUCCGAGUUUACUGCUCCUCUAGUGGUGUACCAUGUGUGGCCAGCGCUGUUGGAGGGAGACGCAGUCAUUGUCAAAGGGGAGGCCGUCACCAGGAGAGGGGCUCUGUGGAGGAGCAGUAGGAGCUGUAGUCCUGUUCGCUCUCGUAAUGGCAGCCCCACACGCACUCUUUUUUCUCUUGCCACUAAAAUACAUGCAUGCAUACCUUGAGCUCUUGGGGGGUUCAGUGGCAGCAGAAGCCCCUCUCCUGGACGUCUCUCAACAAGUCGUUUAUAAACUGUGACUCACACAGGAAAGGAGAACAGCACACGUAUUUCAUCUUCACGUUUGCAACAAAGUCUGAUCUGGAGCUUUAACGGAGUGGAUACUGUCAAUAUUUCUAAGUUGCGAUGA